CAUAGGCCCAUAGAAGCCAAGGGGAUGUAGCAGCUUUAUUUCCGUUUUCUGUUUAUGGGGGGGAAACUAAAAAGAUUCUUAGAGAGUCCAUCAAUAAGAACAGGAUUAAGAGCAUUCAGCAAUGAACAGCAUGGACCAAGAAGACAUGGAUAGAGAAGAACAAGAAGAAGACAUGGAAGGCCAACAAAACCAAGAAGCUCACUUCAGUGCACUUAGCCAACGUAUCUUCCUAUGGCCCCAAGGGUUGUUCUCCAAGAAAGAAGUACCUUCAUUCUUCAGGAAGCCAAAGAUGGUCAGAGGCAGCAUGAUAUUUCUGGCUGUGUUCUCCUUCCUUAUGAUCCUCAUUCUGUAUCCCCAAAUGCUCAGCAAGGUAACAGAUAUUCAGACUUCCAUCCAGACGCUGACUGAAAUUUUGGAGACGGCUCGUCCUCAAGCCCAGAUGAUGAGUUCUUGUUUGGGAAAUGUCAAUGCUGAGAUCCAGAUGUUAAAAAAAGAUCUCCAAAAUGUCAGUUCUGAGAGCCAAAGGGCAAACAGCAAUCUAAAGAAUGCCAGUGAUGAGGUCCAGAUAUUAAAAAGGAGACUGGAAAAUGCUAGUGUUCAGACCCAGAUGACAAACAGCAACUUGAAGAGUGCCAGUGAUGAAAUAAAAAAAUUAAAGGAAUCUUUGGAAAACACAAAUACUUUCCAUUCUGAGGCCCAGAGGUUAAGUAGUGGUUUGGAGAAAGCAAAUGGAGAAAUACAGACGAUAAUGGAAAGCCUGGUAAACACCAGUAGCCUAAAAGUUGAAGUCCAAAGCUUAAAAGAGCAACUGGAGAAUCUCACAGCACAACAGCAGCAGCAAAGCCAUCAGAGUUCUCUUCUGCAGCUAGUCGUCCAAGGCUGGUACUUCUACAAGGGGAAGGCAUACUACUUUUCAGAGACUCAAAAGACUUGGGAUGAGGCUGAGGAGUUCUGUGUGGCCCAUAAUUCUCAUCUGGCCUCAGUGACCUCAGAUGACGAACAGGAAUUUCUGAGUAAGAGGACAAAUGGAGUGUAUCAUUGGAUUGGGCUGACUGACAAAGACACUGAAGGAACCUGGUACUGGGUGGAUGGGACUCCGUAUAAUGAGAACAAAGUGUUUUGGAAUAACAACCAGCCGGACAACUGGCCAUAUGGGAAGGGCCUGAGUGAGGACUGUGUCCACACUGAGGUGAAGUGGAAUGACAUGCUCUGUGACAAACCUUAUCCCUGGAUAUGUAAGAGAGUGACGGGCCUACCUGAGCAGCGCCCAUAGCCCUGGGCAGGCUCUCCAUCUGCCCCCAUCCUGCCU